CCCCGAAAGCCGCUUUGGCUGUAAGAGUUGCGCGCGAGGGGCGACGGUGCGGGUUAUAUCUCACAAUUGCGUCUGCGAGUUUUGAUUCACACCAGAAAUAAAAAAAAAACGGUUUUGUUUUAAAGAGCGUAAAAUGAACCGCUUUCACCCGUUUGCGAUUUUAAUCUGGCUGCUAAUCGCGGACAGUCAAGCAAUAAUCAGGAUCCCUCUGCACAAGAUGCGCACCGUGCGCCGCAUGCUGGCGGAGAAUGGAAGAACAAUCGACGAGAUCAAAUCCAUGGCCAGAGAUCAGGCCUCCAAAGUCAAUUCUUCACCGCAGGCCACAACUACACGCUCACCAUCGCCAACAAAACUGCCACCGCCUAUUGAGAAACUCACCAACUUCAUGGAUGCUCAGUACUUCGGGGUGAUCAGCAUCGGCACCCCUCCUCAGGACUUCACUGUGCUGUUCGACACCGGGUCGUCCAACCUCUGGGUUCCCUCUGUCCAUUGCUCCUACCUGGACAUCGCGUGCUGGUUGCACCGUCGCUACAACUCUAAGAAGUCCAGCACGUAUGUUAAGAACGGCACGCAGUUCUCCAUCCGCUACGGCAGAGGGAGUCUCACCGGCUUCAUCAGUCAGGAUACGGUCACUCUGGCAGGGCUGAAGGUGCCAAACCAGCAGUUUGCAGAGGCGGUCAAACAGCCUGGGAUUGUGUUUGCGGUGGCACGUUUCGAUGGCAUCCUGGGCAUGGCGUACCCUGCCAUUUCUGUAGAUGGGGUUACGCCGGUGUUUGACACGGCCAUGGCUGCCAAGAUCCUGCCUCAGAAUAUCUUCUCUUUUUAUAUCAACCGGGACCCCGCAGGUGAAGUGGGAGGUGAGCUGAUGCUGGGAGGCUUUGACCAGCAGUAUUUUGAUGGCGAUCUGCAUUACGUCAACGUCACACGGAAAGCCUACUGGCAGAUAAAGAUGGAUAAAGUUCAGGUGGGCGGCACUCUUACCCUCUGCAACAGUGGAUGCCAGGCAGUUGUGGACACGGGAACGUCAAUGAUCACGGGGCCGGUUCAAGAGGUGCGGGCGCUGCAGAAAGCCAUCGGAGCCAUACCCCUGCUGAUGGGAGAGUACUGGAUUGACUGCAAGAGGAUUCCAUCACUUCCUGUUGUUUCUCUCAGCCUGGGAGGGAAGAAGUUCAACCUAACUGGGGAGGACUACGUUUUGAAGAUGAGUCACAUGGGUGUCAGUGUCUGUCUGUCUGGCUUCAUGGCAAUGGAUAUCCCCCCCCCUGCCGGGCCGCUGUGGAUUCUGGGAGACGUGUUCAUCGGUCGCUACUACACUGUGUUUGACAGGGAGACAGACCGCGUGGGCUUUGCUCCUGCUAAAUGAAAAGACUGAUAAACAAUCACAUCGUUGUAUUGUACUGGAGAGAAUGGGCCAUUAUCAGUACAGUACUGGUCUAUUGCAGUUUGAAAUAUGGCUGAGCGACAGGACUGGCUCUUUCAGGUAUGAAACUCCAAAAGAAGAAGCGAGACAAAUUUGUUGAGCUACGAUUAUCUGUACUUCCCGCUUGAAGCCUUGCUCUUUUUAUUUUUCACUGUUUGAAUAGAUGAAUAAAAAUAAAAAAAAGCAUUUUUAGUUUAUUAUUAAGCUAUUAAAUAUUUUGUAGAAAAUUUACUAAAGAUUGAAUGACUUGGUAGAUGAAUAGUUCUUUAGAUUUGCGUCUCUGAAUUGUAUUUCUGUUAAAGCUGAUCAAGACUACUCGGUUUCUUUAUUGUCUAAUCAUUUAACUCGCUGCAGUUCUUCCGAAUCUGAAGUUAAAUAAAGCUUUGUUUGUA